GUUCCCCCUCUUAGAACAAAGAGAAAGGAAAUUAAAGUAAAUUAAUUUACUUAGGUCCGAGAAUGAAUUCUUCUUUCCUUUGUCUGGCGUUCCAAAAAGUGUGCCGAAAAUUGAACUGCACAUACCCUUUCAAUCAUCGAUCUACUAUUAUUUUUGCAUAACCACAUAGAAAAUUAUGACACACACGACUCAUGAAUCUCUCACCAAACUGUAAUCGCUUCCUGGAUUGCAUAAUUUAGCUCGAAUUAUCUUAUGGACGCAUAGUCUCCGUGUAUUUUCACAAAGACGUUACUGGGUAAUGAAUUUCAUCUUAUGUGGAUGAGAGUGAACAGAUUGACAAGUGAGAACUGGAUCUGAGAGACUGAAACCCUAAAUUUCAGCUCUGGACUUCACCUUCAAUUUGACCAAGGCAUCGUGUUAGUUACCAGCCUAACUGUAUUUACAAACCAUAACAUCGAAAAACAUGCACAACAGGCAUCAUCGAAAUGGGCCCGGUAAUGGGUACAGGUCGAAUAUGAUGGGGAUGGGGGGCACAGCCUCAGCUUCAAGAAUUCCCUCUGAAAAUACUUUUAGAGGUCAGCGCAUGUACAGUCCCGACCAUAGAAGCUACACUCGUGGUGGUUAUUCUAGCGGCAGUCAGUCAAAGCAUUUUCAUGUGCCUCCUCCAAGGAGCCCCGACAUUUUUGUGGAGGCCGGGAGGCUAGCUGCCGAGUAUCUUGUUUCUAAAGGCGUGUUGCCCCCAAGUGCCCUCUCUGGAAAAUGGCCGAAUGAUGGCUUAAAGAAUGCGGCUAAUUUUCAGGGUUUCAGGCCGCAUGAAGUAGAGGUUCACGCGGAUAGCCGUGGUUCAGUCCAUUCUCGCCUGGGAAACGCUAGUCCGGAUAUGGGGAGUGGAAGGAGAAAGUAUAAUUCAGAGGAUAGUAGUGUAAUGGGUUCGAGGGGAUCUGCUAGGGAGAGGAAAAGAAGUGGGCCCAUGAAAAGUUACGGGCCAGACAUGAACAGAGAUUCGGGCCGUAGCAUGUCGCGGUCUGAGAAGGUUAUUGCUUCUGUUGGGCAUCAUGGUGAGAGGCCGCUGGCGGAGAAAGUAGACGAAGGUGGGACCCAUAAUUUGUCUCCCGGUGAAAUAACUCGAGAAGUAGAGGCCGAAGCUUGUUUAGGAUCUGGAUUGGAGAAAUCGAAGAUUUCGGAAGAUGAGAAGGCGAAUGACGAGAAGUGUUCGCAACUGGUGCAUGCUGCAGAUGGGGAACAAGUGAAAAAUCAUGAGGAGAUUAAAGAGGCUGGUGAGAGUGAGAUUAAAGAAGGAAAAAAUGAUGAGGAUUCACUGCAAAAGCAUGAUGAGAGUGACGUUGUGAAAGGGGAGGAUGAUAUGGUUAGUGAGGAGGAUCCUAUUGAUUUGGUGAAACACUCUAAAUUUUUGAAUGUUUCCACUAGAGCUCGUUCGUCUUUGGUAGGUAAGAAUGCGAAGAGGUAUCAGGAGGAUAAUGUAGAUACGAAUGAGAAUGUUUACAAGAGAGACCUUCCGGAAGGUUCUGGAGUUCACGUUAUAGAUGUUGACAUUGAGAAUUCGGCCGGUGAUGCUGCCUCUUGUCAAAAUCCUGAAUUUAAAAGGCAUGAGUCUGAUGUCCCACCUGUUAAGGGUAAUCGGGAUGUUACUGAAAGGCCCCUAUAUAAAGGACCUGAAGCAGAUGGGGGGCUGUCAGAGUUUGGAAGAUCAAAUUCCGUGCUUGUGGAGAGAGGUGAAAAACGGGCAAUAGAAUUUAGUACCGAUGUUAAGGAGGAUGUCAAAAGACUUAGGCAAUGGGUUGAGCCUCUUUCCAGCCCAAUGGAGAAUAAUUCAUUGUUGCAGGAGCCAAGAACAUCAUUGAAUGCUCAGUCAACUCAUCUUCCUGACCAGAAAGGUCUCGAUGUUUCAAUAUUUCAGAAAGAUCAUGCUGACUCUUGUGAGUUCAUAGAAGAGAAGCACUCGUUUAAGACUUGUGAUCUCAAUCUUGUUGGGAACAGUGAUGUAGGCGAGAAUCAUAACGCUGGCCGCAUGCUCGUUUUUCCGUCUCUCAUGCAAUCUGGAAAAGAGGCAACACCUAUUGAUGUUGAUUUUUCGAUUAGUAAUGUUGGGAAUGUGCCUAAUAACAACGGUAAAAAUGCUAUUAAUGCUAAUGAAAUCGAGGUUAUUGAUUUGGAAAAGGAUUCUGCACCGGAAGAAAAGGCCUUCAGUAAUCCCGAUAGAAGGGGAGAUGCUGUAUUCACUGACUUGGAUGGCUUUUCAAAUACUUCACAUAAUGCUAAUGGAAUUCCUGAUGUCCAGGAUGGUUAUGGACUUAUGAUAUCGGAACUUCUUGGUCAUGACAACCCGAGCUGUUCUUUAUCCAAUCAAACUGACUUAAAUUCUUUGCACAAUCAUAUGGAUCUCCCUAACACAGAGGGUAUUCUUGGCGAUGAUGACUCGAUUUAUAUGUCCCUUGGAGAAAUACCAAUAAGCCUCUUGGGACCCUGGGAGCAGCCAAAUCAGGACUAUGGGAAACCUUUUUGAACUCGUUGUGCACUCGAAUAAUGGUUUCUAGAGUUCAAUCUGAGAGCGUUUGGGCAGCCUGAAGCUCGAAAUAGGUUUAUGAGUCACAAUUCAGGCAUGUAUCAAGUACAUGCGGUUUCCAUCUGUUAUACUGCAACCUCCUCAUUAAGUUCUUUUUUUCUUUUUUUUUUUUU